UCCCCAAAGUUCUGGUACUAUGCCAUUGGUCCAGUCAUCAUCUUUGUAAUUGACCGUAUCAUGGGAAUGCGUCAGGAGUACAAGAAACUGAAGAUACUGAAUGCGGAACUAUUGCCAUCAGAUAUCAUCUAUCUCCAAUUCAAACGGCCUUCAUCGUUCUCUUUCCGCUCCGGUCAAUGGGUACGAAUCUCCUCACCGGCCUUCUCAUGCGCUUUCAAUGAGUGCCACGCAUUUUCCUUAGCCUCAGCACCUCAGGCGCCUACACUUGAGCUUUAUAUAAAGGCUGUCGGUCCAUGGACGUGGAAAAUGAGAUCAGAGAUUAUUCGCGCGCAAGCAAAUGGAUCACCUUAUCCUUUGGUGCAUAUGAAUGGUCCUUAUGGUGAUGGAAAUCAAGACAUGCUGUUGUCCAGUGUAAUAGCUAGUUUGACCUUACGAACUGUCAGUUUACAGCGAAGCAAAAUAAUUAACCAAACUCUCAUCAAAAGUAGUUGA